AUGGACAUACACCUCAGAAAAACAAAACAAGAACCGGGUCCGCCAAACAGAGACACGGGCCAGGAUCCGUCAGCGGAGGUGGGAGGCAGUGGUAACGGCGGGACCGGGUCAGACACGGUCCCUUCAGGGUCACGUCCUCAGGUCGGUCCUGGAAAGCCGCGACCAUCUGCGAGCCUGGCUACGUCACAGGGUGGACGUGGAGAACCCCUGAACCAAGACGCGGUCCACGUCACAACCUCACCACGACUCGGAGGCGACAGUCCGGUUUUUACCAGUUUUACCAUCCUGCCAACGGAGGAAGAUCUGAAGCAGUUGCAGUCUGGCAAAGGCAAGAAUGGAUACAUUAAACGGCCACCAAAUGCCUUCAUUGUUUGGUCUCAUAUCCACCGCCGACAUGCCCUGCGCAAAAUCUGCCCUGGGGCCAACAUGAUAGACACCAGUGUUGUGCUGGGCUGUGAGUGGUCCAAGCUCAGUAAGGAGCAGAAGAGGCCCUACUAUGAAGUGGCUCACAAACUGAAAUACAUGCACAGACAGCAAUUUCCUGAUUAUGAGUUUCGCCCCCGGAAGAAGAAAGACAUAGAGUUUUUGUCCUCAGGGCAGGGAGCAGGACAAGACCCUGGCUUUUCCUUCUCACAGGCCGUACCUCCAGCUGAGUCCAAGUUGCAGGGCCCCAGCGUGUAUCCAUAUCCCACCAUGAUGCCCUACACAGUGGGCUACUAUCCGUACCAAGCUUUUACCCCAUGUCAUCAAAUGGGACUCUAUUCCAGGGUCUGGAAUAACCAUCCAAGGUUUUUCUACAGAUACACAAAUGGCAGCAGCUCCCCGGAAGAUGUGAGGAAUUACCACAACACUCACCCGCAGAGUAACGAGACCACAUCAGAGAUUCAGCAGCAGUCAGAUAUUGACACAAGGCAGCAACGCCUUGCCAUCAACAAAAUGGAGUGCAAAUGUGUGGAUGAUGUUGAUGUUGUGGAGUGA